CUAUAUGCACCGAAGGCCGAAUUAUCGACCGAAAAAAAUCUGAAAUGAAUUUUUUUCUGUGUGCUGUUUUAAUUGUGUUAUUAUUGUCCGAGGUCAUAGCAUCUCAAGCAUUUCUUUGUAAGGAAGCGUCUCUUUCUUGUCCUGUGAUAACUCGCAAUCAUCGCCGACUCAAAGGCUUUACGCUCAAAACAUUUCACUUUGCAAGCCUGAUAUCCUGUGGUUUGCUAUGUCAGAGAAACCCUCGAUGCGUUUCAACAAAUUUCAGAAAAGUUUCCAAAACUGAGGGAACCUGUGAGCUGAACGACAGAGGAGUCUUCCCUCUUGAGGAAGGAAAAGAACUGGAAUAUGACGAAGAAGCUAUUUACACUCAAUUAUAUGUCAAAAAGCAUAACUGUCAAGUUUUCAAGGAAGAGUUUAAAGUCGUCAGCUACAGAUGCCCAGUUCCCUUAGGUAUGGAAAAUGGAGUUAUUACUGACCCGCAGAUCAAUGCAUCGUCCAUGCAUAAUUAUAAGCAUGGCUCGCAAAAUGCAAGGUUACAUUUCAAGGGAGACCCGUUGACGUAUGUAUCUGCUGGCUGGGCAGCUCGUCUGCUAGACACCAAACAAUGGCUGCAAGUAGAUCUUCAGCAUAUCACAAAGGUAAUAGGCAUAGCGACGCAAGGGAGACAUGAUGCAAAUCAGUGGGUUACUAAAUACAAGCUACAAUACGGCGACGAUGGACAAACUUACAGUGUCUACAGUCGAAGCGGAGACACAUCAGAAACGGUUUUCCCAGGAAACACUGACAGAGACACAGUUGUGUAUCACGAUCUUUACCCGGUCAUUUAUGCUCGCUUCGUUCGAGUUCUCCCUAUGAAAUGGUCUCUUCACAUCGCAAUGAGAAUGGAGCUUUACUCUUACUCUUGUCAAAACGAGUAACAGAAGUUUACGAAGAAUAUUACAGUGAUGUAAUCCCUCCUUCGCUGACACGAUGUAAUCCUUGUUUGUGGGCUACAAAGUGGAACAGCUUCUUGACUGAUGCACCAAUUAAUCAUUAUCAUAACAGAUUAAAUAGUAGUUUAAGCAUAUUAGUCAUUAUUAUUCAUGAUGUUAGCGAAAUGCAUUGAUGACAGCCCAUCA